UCUCCUAUCCUUUUCGUUCUCUCACAUCCCAGCAAUAGCCCUUCAGCUUCUUGGCCGUCUGCUUCCGUUUCUUCAUCACUGUUACUCGGGCAUGUCACUUCCUGUACACAUCGUUACAAAUGGGAUCAUACUGAUGCUGAGAUCGGCACCCUAGAGAGUUAUGGGCUGCGUUCAGGCUAAGCCAUCGGGGGGUUCGGAAGCUAAGGGCCUAGAGAGGCUGAAACUAGAGAAUGGGUAUGUUGGAAAUGGGGAUUUCGCUGCUCAUCGACGAUCGAUGGGCCAGAUAUAUGGCGAAUGUGAAGAUAUUGGUAGGGUGCACCAGCGCGAAAUCAGAAAGCAUCGGCUUGGGUCUGGUAUUGGGAACGAAGAAAGGGAAGGUAGCAGCAACCGCUGGAUGGGAGAGGGGAAGAGAAAUGCUGUGCAUGAUGGUGAGAAAAUACCAAGGAAAUCUUUUGACGAUGAGAUGGUUGACGGGUGGCCCAGAUGGUUAGUUGAUAAUGUUCCUCGAGAAGUUUUGGCUGGCUUGGUUCCCCGGAGUGCUGAGUCAUACGUAAUGCUUGACAAGGUAGGACAAGGAACCUACAGCAAUGUUUAUAAAGCACGAGAUCGGGCCACGAGGGAACUUGUGGCCCUUAAGAAGGUUCGCUUUGAUAAAUCCCAGCCGGAGAGCAUUAAAUUUAUGGCAAGGGAAAUUGCGAUACUACAGAUAUUGGAUCAUCCUAAUGUCAUAAAACUUAAAGGAUUGGCUACAUCAAGAAUGCAAUAUAGUAUUUAUCUUGUUUUUGAUUUCAUGCAAUCAGACUUGGCUAGAAUAAUAUCUCGUCCUGAAGAACGACUCACUGAACCACAGGUCAAGUGCUAUAUGCAUCAAUUGCUUUCAGGUCUGCAGCAUUGCCACGACAGGGGCAUCUUGCACCGAGAUAUCAAGGGGUCAAAUCUCUUGAUUGAUAAAAAUGGAAUGCUCAAGAUUGCUGAUUUUGGGCUUGCCAAUUUUUAUAACCUAAACCAUAACCAGUAUCUCACCAACCGGGUUGUGACGCUUUGGUACAGAGCUCCUGAGCUAUUGUUAGGUGCCACGAAUUAUGGAGUUGGUAUUGAUUUGUGGAGUGCUGGAUGCCUCUUGGCAGAAAUGUUUAUGGGAAUUCCAAUCAUGCCAGGAAGAACAGAGGUUGAGCAACUUCAUAGAAUUUUCAGGCUAUGUGGCACGCCAUCAGAGGAGUACUGGAAAAAAUUGAAUCUUCCCACAACAUUUAGACCUCCGAAGACUUACAGACCCAGCCUAGCAGAAUCUUUUAGGGAUCUCCCUCCAUCUUCUGUGGGCCUUGUGUGUACUCUGCUCACAUUGGAUCCUGCAUACCGUGGCACUGCAUCUAAAGCUCUUCAAAAUCAGUUUUUCUUUACAAGCCCAUUGGCACGUGAUCUCUCUGGUCUGCCUGUAAGCUACACGGAACAUGAUGGGCAAAAUCUUACCAAUGAAGAGAUCGAGAAUGUGAAUGCUAAAUUAAGACGAUCUCAUACCCGUCAUGAGAGGCGAAGGAAGAAUGUGGCAUCCGGCUGGCCAACAGAGCAUACUGUAUCUUCUAAAGAGGAACUGAGCAAGGAAGUUGAGGCAUUUGUUCCUAAUGAAGAACAGGGCAGAAUCCCCCCAAGCAGUAGGACAUCAUCUGUUUCUGACACUGCUGAGUCAAAGGAUCAUCCAUCUCCUCUCAUUCUUUCUCCAAAUUUGGCUUUUGGUGAUCAAAAGUUGUCCCACAGAAUCCAUCGCCAUGUUAAUGUCAAGAACCUUCCUCCAUUACCCAAGUCUAAACAACAUGCGUCCAACAAACAAGACAACAACUACGGACCACACCGGAUCCUCAGGUCAGCUUCCUCCAGAGAAUUUAGAAACCCAAAAAAGGGUGUCUUUGGAAUUCAUUGAUAGGUCUCAACAGAACGGGUGGCUUUUUCCCUUCUUUUGGCCAUGAACAGGUGGCAUUUAAACCAAUAUUUUUUUAAAAUGUCAACUUUUUUUAAUUUUUAUUUUCAUUCUUUUCAUUAAUUGUGACUUUAUGAAGAAUGAAGAUGAUCUCGUGUUGUGUCAA